ACGGUCAUAAUCUGAGGCUGGAGUAUCUGAAAAAAGGGCCAACCUGACACUGCAUUCCAGUCAGUCCGGCGACAGGUUAAUCAUCAUCUGCUGUAAAGUUGUCCUGCUGAAGAGCUGUGUGCUCGCAACAGGCACCAGCAAGAGGAAAACAGGAGAGAGAAGACAAAAGGACACAACAAAGACAUACGGCAAAAAUGAGGAAUAGACUGACCCAAGGACUGUGGAACUAUCGCACCAUCGUCCCUAUUGUCCUCACACCGCUGCUGCUGCUUCCGCUUCCUAUCGUCAUUGGAACAAAGGAGGCAGAAUGUGCAUUUGUGCUGCUGCUGAUGGCGACGUUUUGGGUGACAGAAGUGCUUCCUCUGUCCAUGACGGCCAUGCUGCCCGCCAUCCUCUUUCCCAUGUUUGGCAUCAUGACGUCUUCAGGAGUGGCAAAGACGUACUUUAAAGACUUCCACUUCCUUCUCAUAGGCGUCAUCUGCCUUGCCACGUCCAUCGAGAAGUGGGGUCUCCACCGCAGAAUUGCCCUGAGGCUUGUCACCAUGGUGGGUGUCAACCCUGCAUGGUUGAUGUUGGGCUUCAUGGGCGGCUGUGCCUUUCUCUCCAUGUGGGUCCAAAACACCUCGGCUGUGGCAAUGGUGAUGCCAAUCGUGGAGGCUGUUCUCCAGCAGAUUUUGAAGGCCAAGGAGGAAUAUACUGGUGAAGAAAACCCCGCCCUGCAGCUGGAUGAAAUGGACAACCAUAGUGAACAGAUGACAGAAACUGUGAGUGACACGAAGAGUUCCGUUGGUCCUGGUGAUUCCCUCACUUGUGUUCAGAUACAGCCGGUAUCGCAGCCUGCCACAACUCAGGCUGCAGCUGGCCCGCCCGUGGCUCCCAGCAGGAGUAAGCCUGACCUCAUGUUGUGUAAAGCCAUAUGCAUCAGCAUCGCAUACUCCUCCAACAUCGGCGGCAUCACCACGCUGCCAGGAACCUCGCCCAACCUCAUCUUCUCUGAGUACCUCAGCCAGACUUACCCAAACUGUAACUGCAUUAACUUCGGGAACUGGCUGCUUUUGUGCCUGCCCAUCAGUGUUAUCAUGCUGCUGCUGACAUGGGUGUGGCUGUACUGGCUCUUCAUUGGUUCAGACUUCAGCUUCCUGUGGCGAUGUCGAGGGGAGCAGUCUGAAAAGGAGAGGGCAGCAAGAAAAGUGAUAGAAAAUGAGUUCAAGUCACUGGGUCCCAUGAGCUCUCAGGAGAUCGUCACUGGGGUCGUUUUCUUGGUGAUGGUGUUGCUGUGGUUAACCAGAUCCCCGGGUUUCAUGCCGGGCUGGGCUUCUCUGUUCCCUGACCACUUAGGCUACAUCACUGAUGCCACCGUGGCUCUGCUGCUGGGUCUUCUCUUUUUCAUCAUACCUGCUUAUGGACCCUCCAGAAGAUACGAGGCCAUGAUCUCCUGGAAAGAAUUCCAGGCCUCAAUGCCGUGGACCGUGGCCCUGCUGGUCGGUGGCGGCUUUGCUCUUGCAGAAGGCGCCCAGGAAUCAGGCCUCUCUUUGUGGGUGGCCGAGCUGCUAACACCUCUGGGUAAUCUGCCAGUUUUGGCCACCAUCACCAUCGCCUGCAUCAUCGUCACCACGGUAACGGAGGUAGCCAGCAACGCCGCCACUAUCACCAUCUUCCUCCCCAUCCUCUCACCUCUGGCUGAAGCCAUCCACGUCAACCCACUCUAUGUGCUGAUCCCCACCACCCUGUGCACAUCCUUCUCCUUCCUGCUGCCAGUGUCCAACCCACCCAACGCCAUCGUGUUUGCCUAUGGACACAUUGACAUCAUGGACAUGGUGAAGGCGGGGCUUGGUGUCAACGUGAUUGGCGUCCUUGCUGUCCUUUUGGCUGUGGCAACAUGGGGCGUUCCAUUAUUCUCUCUGGAUGUCUACCCUGACUGGGCACCGGUCCAUCCUUCUUUUAACACCACAGCGCCUUGAAGAUUGGUUCCUAUGUGUGGUUCUAAAUUUGAGGCUCAGGGAAACUCGAGGGGCCUCACAUGUUUUUACUUAGUGAAAGCUGAGCAUAUAUUUGCAAGUGGUAGAGAGAAACCACCACUGCACAAACAUUUAGAAGCCCCUGUUUUAAGAGCAGUUGUCCUCUUAAAACAGGCUUUAUUUAACAUGUACAGUUUUUUUUCCCCCUAUGGUUGUGAGUGUUACUUUUAAACUUAAGGAUAAUGCUGGUGUUAGUUUUAAAUGGUCUUAUCUAUAAAUGAAAACUUGAUCUCUCUUAGUUUGCUGUGUCAUAAACGUCUUGUGUUUUCCAAACAUUAAAUUACGCAUUCCUUUAUCACCAUGAACACACACUAUAGUUAAUAUUUGGCUCGUUCUUCUGCCUCCAAGAGGCCAAGCUGAAAAAGGACAAAAAUAACAGCAAACUACUGCGUGUGCGUAUGCAUGCACAUGUGUAUAUUUAAACAUAUACUGUAUGAUACACAGUGAUUAAUGAUAAUUCUAUACAACAUGUAUAUGUCGUAUGAUUAAAAAUUGAACAAUU